GAGGCCCUCAGCCUGGAGGCGGCCAGGGAGCUGCUGACCAGCGAGCAGAGGCCUCCGCGGGACAAGAAGGACAAGGCCCAGAGUCGCAGCCAGCAGGGGUUGCUGAAGACGGUGCUGAACUUCUUCCUGAGGACAGGCCCCGAGGAGGCCAAGGACAAGGCCGCCAGGAGGGCCAGGGCGAAGGAGGGCCUGCCCCCGCCCGCAGAAACCUCGGAGCCCAGGAAGAAAGCCCACGACAAGAAGGCCGGCCGCAAGAAGCAUGGCCACAGGAAGCAUGGGGACGGGGACGCCAGGGGGGCCCCAGGCCAGGAAGCCGGAGGCCGGGACACAGCGGCUGCCUGGCGCUCCCAGGAGGCCGACCCGGGCCCAGGACCCAGAGGCGGGGCGGAUCCUGAUCCCCACCAGUCCGUGCUCAUCGAAGGCCGGGGUGCUGGGGCCUCGGAGCCUUCUUCCCAAGCCACGGGCCCCCGGCCGGAGGAGGAGCCCCAGAAGCUUGACCAGCUUGACCAGGAUACUAUCAUCCAGAUGAUAGUGCAGCUGCUCCAAGCCGUGGGAGACGAGUGGGAUGAAGAGGUCAGGGACCUGGCCCCGUUUUUCCCAGGCCCCCUACAACUUCAAGGCUCUCGGCGAGAAGUGGCCCCACAAAACCCAGCCCCAGCCGUCGUCAGGAAGAAAUCCCAGGAGAGAAAGUCCAGCCUCAGGAGAACCUCUUCUCAUAAGAGGCAGGGCUCCGAGGAGCCCAGGAGAGCGGGGGCUGCGGAUGCUCCCAGCCCGGAGUCCCGGCCGUCCAAGAGGCCCAGCUUCCUGUACAUGUGCGUCGGGGGCCACCGGGCCUCCAUCUCCAGCAGCGUUGACUUGGAAGAACCUGAAGUCCAAGAGGCCUCGUCUACAGAUUGUGGGGGUCCAAGUCCCUUCGAGCUUCCCAUCCACUCAGGAAGCCGGGAGCCCGGAGAGGACUUGCAGCCGGACAAAGCCUCGGAGUGCAAGGAAUUUAUCCAGAAGAUCGUCGCCCUACUCCAAGAUGCAGAGGAGCAGGAGGGGGAGAAGCAACUCCAAGUCCAGGAGCCAGAGGUGGCCUCGGAAAACCCGGCCCCACCCUGCAGGAAGAAAUCCCAAGAGAAGAAGUCGAGCUUCCGAAAAGCCUUUUCCCAUAAGAAGCAUGGCUCCAAGGAGCCCAAGAGAGCGGGGCCUGCAGGUGCCGCCAGCCCCGAGUCCCGGCGGCCCAGGAGGCCCACCUAUCUGCCCCUGUGUGUGGGGGGCCAUCGGCCCUCCAUCUCCAGCAGCGUUGAUCCGGAGGGUCCUGAGUUCCGGGAGUCUUCGCCUGCAGAAGGGGGACGAGAUGGAUCCUCAGAAUCACCCUCCCAGGCCAGAAGCCACGAGCCAGAAGGGAGACCUCUGCCGGACGGAGCGUGUGAAUCUAAGGAGCUGGUCAUCCAGCAGCUGGUGGCGCUCCUCCCAGGAGUGGACGGCCAUUUGGGGGAGCAGAUCAGGCGACACCCCAGCCUUAAGAAGUUUUUCUACCAGCUCCCGGACGCCUCCCUCAGAAAGCUGGCGGCCACCCUGCGCAGACGGGGCGCCUGCUCCCCUGAGCCCCGCAGGGGCCUCCCGGAGAGGCCCUACCAGUUUGCCUUUGACUUGGCCAACAAGUACGCCGGCAGGAAUGGGCACUCCGCCCUCAGCCUGAUGGGCCUGCGCUACCCCCAGCUCCCACACACGGAGGCCCAGCAGAACAUCACAAGUCUUGACUUCCAGAGUCCAGAUUGAAAGCUGUGCCUUGCACUCAAGUGCCCUUGAACUAGCCAAGCAAUUGGUGGCUUUGCCAGGAGACCCCGAAGAUGCUCCAUGAUUGUCCCAAUCCGCUGCUUCCCAGAGACGACUGCAGACAGAGGACAGCCUUCCGUGUCCUCACAUCGCCGUGGGCGUGAGAUGAGAACGCACGACGCAUUCGCCCACGGAGCGAGAGGCGGACACACCCUGUUGGGAGAAAUAACACUGGACUGGGGGCUUCAACUGGUGACCUGCUUCAAACUUGCUGCAAGACCCUGCAUGUCCCUGUCCCCUCAGACCUUGGAUUCUGGGUGGAGGGGACCCACUGUGUCCCUUCGGGCUCUGUGUUCCGAAAUCUGUCUAAAGAGGGGUGGUGAGUGCUUUUACGCCUCCCCACUGAGCUGGAGGCACUCGCCAAAUGAAUGAAUGAAUGAAUGAAUGAACAGAAAGGUGGAGAACUCCUGAGAUCCAGGCAGCUUGUCAGGCAUCCCUGGAGGCCUUGCUCCUCAGCUGGGAUUGUACAACCAGGGGUUCUGUCUCUACGCUGUGGGGUGGGGAGGAAGUGGGGGAGCCACCUGGACAAGCACUGGACCAAAGUCUGCAUUCUGGGGACGACCCUGGUGCCCACUUGUGCCCUUGAGUGUCUCCUGGUUUUCACUUUCAUUUAAGAGUUACCAAGUCCUUAAUCUUAUUAUUAUUAUUAUUAUUUUUUUUACUGGCAUGUAUUUUAUUGACCCACAGAGCUAAAAAUAUGGCCACUAACAUAUAGAACACCUGCUGACAUUUUUUCAGGUGCUGGUUUUAAAUGAGUCUUAGUUUCAAAAGUACAUUGAACCUCUCGCCAGAACAUCCACAUGCAUUUAAACAGGUGUGCCUCUAUGUGCGACACAUCAUUUAUUCAGUUGACAGGGCCCACAGGGACUUGUAGACGCGGCCCAGGAACUCUGCAGGCCAGAGAGGGAAGACCUAUGCACUGGGGCUCCUGGUCUCAGACCUUGCAGCCCUGCGUCCUGUGAUUCUAUGGGCAGAGAACGGAAGCCGGUGCCUUGCAGCGUCGCAUGGGCGUUUGCCGAGAGCGAGUGAGAAGUGAGUGUGAAGGUUCUGAAGAAGGCACAGUGCCUUGUCCACUGUGUCAUCGUCAGAUAGUGUUAUUACAGCCACAGUGCGGUAGUUUUCAGGAAAUGGGGAGGGUUCCAGCUGGCUCACCAUGGGCUGCACGGCGCGCUGCUCAGGGGCACCUGGCCCAGGAAGUGCUAGUCACCUCUGGGCGUUGUGCAUUUGUAGAUUUGUGAGGACAAUUUUCCAGCUCAUGCAGGGUCUCAUUUGUGUCCAAAGGUGAAGGGUGGGCUGUCAGGGGCUCUGCUGUCUACCCAACUGAACAGUUUCAACAGUUUGGCCCCAGGGAGCCAUUUCCACGUGCCAUCACCUACAGGCACGCCCGCAGGGAUAGGACCACAGCCUGACCCAGGGGAGGGUUGCUGACACCUGGAUGGCAAACUCAGUCUUAUCACUGAGCACCAUGGGGUGGGGCUGGGUGGAGAAGCCCUGGGCAGAGAGGCCUUGGGUGUUCAGAUGGGACUGACCUCAAACCUGAGGCAAAGUUUAGGAAUCGCAACUAAUCCCAUUCUGAAAGUCAUUUAGUGUUAUUGCUGCUAAGAAGGGGUGGCGGGGAGGGGGGGGGUGAGCUAUUUAUGGGUUUAUCUUAGGUGGUGUGUAGGAAUACAGCGCCAAAUGUGAAGGAUGGGAACCAGUUUUAAAUGGGGGUCAGGAACCUUCCGUCCGUGGUUUCUCAUUCGGAAUGGUGCUCUUUAAGCUGCAUGCGUGUUUGGUAUGAGCUCCCGAUGCUGGCAUCUGUCUCAUUUUUGUACUGUGUUAUUUGGACAAAUAAAGAAACAAUUUGCACUGAGGUCUCAGGUGGGUCAUUCACAGUGGAGACAAGACGGGGGCCCACGGGCCAUAUCCAGGCCGGUCAUGUGCCUGCAAGGCUGCGGGGUUGGCCUCCUCGUCCAGCCGGGGUCCCUGUCUGGACGCUAUCCCGGUGUCCCCUCCUUGGGUGCCACCUUGCUGAGGCAGUGACAAAGGUGCUCCGGGCUGGGCCUCGGGCGGGAGAGGCUGCCCACAGGCUGACGACCUUGGAGACAGACACUUGCCCCCCAGACCUGACAUUCUGCACCUCUGCGGCUCUUAGGGUGACAGUUCCUUGUUAUGUCCCAGAAAAUGUGGGCCCGGCCUCAUUCUCAAUCAUCUGUUUUAUCCGUCCUUAAAUCCUGGCGCCCAAACUCUGUCACUCAGAACCAGGAUAGACUUGGCAGAAGCCAGUGCCUGGUUUGGGUCUGGAAACGUGGUCUCCAUUGGAAGGCAUCGAAGGCCUCCUUUCCCCACUCAGAUCACAUGGGAGUUCUGCCGUGGCUCCUGGGGGAGGCGACCCUGUUGUGUGGUGGCUUGUGUUCUUUUCAAACCACAUUUCCAUUCCCCGAGCCCAGAUGCUCAUGGGGAGGGAGGAGAGGGCAGUACUAGUAUCCUCACCUCCCAGAUGAGGAAGCUAAGGCUCAGAGUGGGCGGUGCCUUGUUCCAGAUCACAGAACCCCUGUUAUAAUGGCCCCCUUACUGUCUAAUCCAGCGGUCCUUACGGACCUCACGGACCUUUAACCCAUUAACUCCUAUAUCAAACCAGCAUUUAUCGAGCACUUACCACGGGCCAGGGCUGAUGUAAAAGACACAAUCCCGCCCUCGGGAUGCUAAUGAACCUCAGUGGUUAUGGGACUUUUGUGCCGUUGGGAAUACAGGGUGGGGGACACUGUACGAGGGUGGGCCUCCCUCAAUUCAGACCCCGGAGGUUUGCAAGUGCCCUGCAGUGCACCCGACCCUGCUGCUUUGAAAGGCUUUUAAAGGUGGGCAAGUAACAUCAGGACAUAAUUAAGCUAAUUUCUCACCCUGAGCAGGCAGGAGGCUAAGCGGGUGAGUCUGAGACAACGGGGUCAGCAGAGAACUGGUGAGUUGGGGGUGUUAGCUGGUCACAGAGAGGGCCGCACCGCCGCUGUCAUUCAGAUUCGCUUGUUUGGAAAACCAGUGUGUUCUGGCCUUGGCCCCAGUGAGGCCUCCCAGUUUCAAAGCAGGUGACUGGCUUCAAAAAACAAUCCAUUCGUGUGUUUUUUGUUGUUUUUGUUUUUAAGAGCAUAAAAAGGAGAAAGGAACUACUUUGGGUUACCAAAUUUAGCAAGUAAAAAUAUGGUGGCCCUGUUAAAUUUGAAUUUCAGAUAUACAAAAAAAAUAAUAAUAAUUGCAAUACUGGGGACAUACAAUACUGGGGACAUACUUAUACUAAAUAAAUACUCACUAUUUAUCUGAAAUGCAAAUUUAACAAAGCUUCCAGUAUCUUAUCUGGCAACCCUGAAACUAAUGCAAGUACAAUUCUCUUGAUUACCUCAAAUGGGGGAAAAGGAAAGUAAGCAAAAUGAAGGAAAAUAUAUAAGGGGACUUACUGAUACUUAUAACUACAGCAUGAGAGCAGCUGGGCUCUGAAUCCGGGCUCUGAGCUAGACAGCAGGUACUACGCUGUGCAGUUCUCCCUUGCACACCAGGGGACACGCACUCCUGAGCUGUGCAAACUGUCCUUCCCUCCCCGUCCCCAUGGCUCAGGCCUCCGGGCACAGCCAUCUGCACAAGGAGAGGCCUGCAGCGGAGGUCCGGGCUCCCAGAACCAGGCCCUCCCUGGGCCACAGAACCAGGCAGGCAGGGGUCCAAGUACACACGAGACUUGACUCUGCUCAGGCCUCUCCCAGGCACAUCCAGGUCUUCCGGGCAGAAGCUUCUGAGGGGCUUGCGAAGACUCGUGUUCCCCGACGUGGUCCCGUUACGCGCAGGCUCCACCAGGGCCUCCUUCCAUACGGCCCCCUCCCUCCGCGGCUAAAUCUGCUCCGUCCUCCUGGUGCCCAGCCCCGUUCAGGGCCGCCUCCCACCCAGCCCCUAGGUUUGGGGUUCGGGGCUUGUUAGGCAAAUGCAUCUGAGGCUUUGGACAGCCUGGGCUCCCUCACUGGGCCGGUCGGGCUGGAGGUCACGACCACCCUGGGGCUGGAGGGGCUCCUUUUUCAGGACAGGCUGGGGAAACUGAGGCUGGAGGUGUCUUUCUUGUGGAACAUUUCACUUCGGUGUGAACAGCGGAGUCUGCCCUCAUUCGGGCUGGGGGAGGGGAGGGACGUCUGGCCCCAUUUCCUCUACAGCCACACGGACUCAGGGAGGCCAGAGCCGCCAACCCCACUCACUGCCCCCCAGUUCCCGGAGCCGGAGGCGGGGAGGCUGCUGCCGCCUCAGCUCCAUCAGGGGCUCCAGAGGCGGCCGAGGCGGCGGCCAGUCCACGUGGAGCCUUAAGUGAAUGGAAAACAAAACUCAAGAACUUGGUCUCUUGACCCCACAGGAAACGGGAGAGUGUCCAUGGCUCAG